AAAUGUUCUUUUUGACAAUGAAUGAGACACUGUUCUUCAAUUUUUCAUCUGCUAUCAGGGUACUAAUAAUAGUUCUAGCUGAUCUUUAUGUUGUCAUUGUGCCUGGCACUACUCCAGCUAGGCCUCUCCACUGUGACUUUGCCACUCUUUGGGAGCUGAGUGGGUGUAGAAGGUGAUGUGCAAACCUUCAAUGCUGAAAUCCAGCCCCGCUGCUCCUGCCUCUCUGGGCACUCUGGAUAGAGGCAACGUGCAGGGGGAUACCGACCUUUUUUUCCUUUUUUCUAAUUUGCUCAAAAGUUCCAUAUUGACUAGUAGUGUCCAUACAACCUUCGUUGAUAUUAACUCAUUUAGCUCCCACAGCUCCCCUAAGAGGUAAGUAUUGGUAUAUACUAAUAGAAUCCCCCUUUGUAGAGGAGGUAAUCAAAGCACCAAGAGAUGAAGUAGUUUUUACCAAAGUUGAAGAAAUGUUACUGGCAGACCCAGCAGGCAUCCAAAUGUAGGAGGCCUCAGGAUGCCAAGUGCUCGAGAAACAAGUAGGAAUCUGCCAAGAUGAGGAUAAGAUAACAGACUUGUUCUAGGUCUUGCUUCAGGCCAGGGUUGAGACAGUGAUGCACUGAAAUCUAGGAUGUCCUGCCAUUAAGAGCUUUCAUGUCACCCUGGUCUAUGGUGAGAGUAGUGGCCUCCCCAGCAGUACUAGAGACCACUAAGGAGAGAAGUAGACUUCUGUCCUUCUGGAUGUACUUACAGAGUGGUGGGCCUGGUCUGGGGGCAGGGAUGUCAUGGCUGAGUCAGCCUGGGGUAGGCUUUCUGGUGGAAGGAGUGUUAACAGGGCCCAGGCAGUGGCAGGUGGGAAGUUGCCUUGGGGUCCCCAGGGGGGAAGGGAUAUGUGUGCCCGGAAAUGCCAUCUUCUCUCCAAGUUCUGCAGGAAGUUACUCUGAAAAUAAAUCAGAGCAAAGAUGACAGAGUUUGAAGGCUCUUCAUCUAAAGCCUGGUGAAGUCCAGUGUGCCACAGCAGAAAACACCUCUUUGUUUGGCCAGAGUGCCCAUGCCCCCAGAUCCAGCAUUCUUAUUCCCUGGACAGUCCUGGACAUACAGCUAAAACGAUCUCUACAGACUGCGCCUCUCAAGUGACACAACCUUUCCUGAGGGAGUGUUUAUAAAUUUAGCUGGUCUGGUUAUUGUUCCUGUGCACCUGGGAGUCAUUCUGCCUCUCCUGGUAUGUGUACUGAAUUACUUUAUUGGGAGAAGACUAUCCAUAUGCCCCCUAUGGCCACGUUCUGCAGACAGACUUCCUGUUACUACUUUCCUAGCUGCCUGCACCGAGGACAUUGGUCAGCCCUGUGCCAAGGACAUUCUGUGCUGCUCCUCCCUGCCACACCCUGGCUGUCAGGUCCUUCUGUUUGGAGGAGCACUGUGCCCAGAGUGCAAGGUGGACAUGCCUAUCCAAGGACCAGCUGGUGUCAACCAGAAUAUGGCUCCCAACAGCAAACCGAAAGACAACGUGGUCUUGUUCUUAGGAAAAGUACUCUUUUCCCUUCUGGAGACUAUGGUGUUUUCCAUAAUCCCAAAGCCAAGGAAGAAUGUUGCUGGUGAAAUAGUCCUUAUAACAGGUGCUGGGAGUGGAAUCGGAAGGCUGUUAGCUUUACAGUUUGCCCGGCUUGGAUCAGUACUUGUUCUGUGGGACAUCAACAAAGACGGGAAUGAGCAGACGUGCAGGAUGGCUCAGGAAGCUGGGGCCACGAGAGUUCACGCUUAUUCCUGUGAUUGCAGUCAAAGGGAAGACGUAUACAGAGUGGCUGACCAGGUUAAAAAAGAAGUUGGUGAUGUUUCCAUCCUAAUCAAUAAUGCCGGGAUUGUAACAGGCAGAAAGUUCCUCGAGUGCCCAGAUGAGCUUAUGGAAAAGUCAUUUGAUGUGAAUUUCAAAGCACAUUUAUGGACUUACAAAGCCUUUCUACCUGCUAUGAUUGCUAAUGAUCAUGGACAUUUGGUUUGUAUUUCAAGUUCAGCUGGAUUAAUUGGAGUACAUGGGCUGGCAGAUUAUUGUGCAAGUAAAUUUGCGGCCGCUGGGUUUGCUGAAUCUAUGUUUGCAGAAACAAUUGCCCAAAACCAAAAGGGGAUCAAAACUACUAUCGUGUACCCCUUUUUUAUAAAAACUGGAAUGUUUGAUGGUUGUUCUACUAGUUUCUUGCCUGUCAGGACGGCACUGAUGAUAGCUAGAUAUCUGGACAUCUUUCAUCUAAUGGAUGGUGUCAUGAAGAAGAAAGAUGAAAAGACCAGCUCUACUUCUGAUGCCAUCAGAUAUCCGAAUCCAACUUGAUCUAAUGCUUCUUUCAGUGAAGAACAGUAAUUUGUGUCCAACAGUCGUAUAUAUGUUCAUCAAAUUCCUUUGGAAAUAGUGUGGCUAUCUGCUUUUUGGUUGAGAUUUUUUUUUUCCCCAAGAAUAAAAGACAACCCAUUGUUGUCACUUCUACUUGUAACAGAUAUGAGAGAGAUGAGUCUUUCUUUGAGGAGCUGCCCUCAGCUUUGGUCAUUGGGGAGGUGGCUCAAAUGGCAAUGUGAGACCUCAUAUUUCAUCCCAGAUUUCUAAAUAGCCAGGAACCCAUUAGAAAAAGGGCAGCAGCAACUAACAGUGAAUAUUCUCCAGGAAUAUCACAUCUUUCCGAUCGGAGCUGCACACUCAGGAAGCUCCUAGAGCGUUAGCAUGUGGAAAGUAGCUUUUAUUACUUACCCAAAAAGGCAGACAGUACACCAGAACAAAUUCGGAUCUAUUUUUUAGUGUCCCCCUGACUCUAGAAGGCUGUCUGGGCCGGGAUGAUGACUCUUUUACAUUUACCGCAAUUUGCCACACAGGCAAAAGACUUAAAAGGGGGGCUACCUUCUGCCAAUCCUCCUAGGCUUAGUAGGUGAACAGAAAACUUCUGUUACAUGUGCUCCAUCUAGCACUGCAGCCAAGGGACUGUGAAAAUCUCUCCACCAACCAUUAUUCCCCAAAGCCUAUGGGGCACCCUCCGUGGAGCACAAUGUAGGUGUUUCUCACCUGACUACCUAGUGGGGGGCAGGGGUCAGAUAACUUGGCCCUAACCCAGAAGAGUAUCUCUAAACCUGCUGACAAGCAUCAGGCCUCAGAGGGUGGGGGCAGUGGUUUG